AUGUCUGGCUACGGGGGGGUGUUGGAAGAGACUGUCGAGGCCUUCGAGGAGCAGUUGUCAGGCGCAGCGGCCUUUUCCGAGGCGGAGCACACACUUUGGCGACAUAAAGGACCUGUCGGAAAGCUGCACAACCUCGUGGUUGACGUCAGAAGGUCGGACCACCUUACAUAUCUGCUGCGGAGUAUACAGCGUGCCGAGUUCGACACGUCUUCGGAUUCCAGGGUCAGAGCCAGGAAGCCCCUUGAUUUGAGCAUGGACAACGACACUCGAUGGCUUUUCCAACUGUACAUCAUCAGACGCGCCAUCAAGCCUUCGCCCGUUUCUCGAACAGCUGAUCUUAAAGCAUCGAGGACGGGCAGUGUCAGGAAGUCGGCCAAGAAGCCACGGAUUUGCCUCGAGGACAACCAACUUACGGCGAAUGACUGGGACGUCCUCGAACAUCUGGCCAAGCUUCUGGGGUUCUACGAGGAUGCUGUCAAGAUUCUUGAAGGCGACGGUCAGCAGCGAAAGCGGAAGAGAGGGUGGGUUGGCUCGUAUGGGAAUGUAUGGGAGGUUGUUCAGGGAUUCGAGUUCCUUUUGGGGGUCCCCGAGGACUAUAAGCAGCUUUCAUCAGGGAUGCCCGACCCGGAGCACUUCAGGAUCAACGUCAAGACGACGAUAUCCUCGCCUUUCGCGAAUGGCGCUGGACUUCGUAACGAUUCAGCCGAUGUCAGCAGAGUAUGUGUCAAGUUCUGCGGUCGUGGUUACGAGCUGGGGUAA